AUCCUGGAGGGGAAAAUGAAUUUCACAAACUGCACCGCUGAAGCCAACGUGGCUGGGAAGCCAAAAACAGUGACUGAAAAGAUGCUCGUUACCCUGACCUUGGCCACCAUCACAACCUUGACUAUGCUACUGAAUUCUGCUGUAAUCGCAGCAAUCUCCACAACCAAAAAGCUCCACCAGCCAGCAAACUAUUUAAUAUGUUCUCUAGCUGUGACAGAUCUCCUUGUUGCGGUUCUCGUCAUGCCCUUGAGCAUCACUUACAUAAUGAUAGAUAAAUGGACUUUGGGAUACUUCAUCUGUGAGAUCUGGCUUAGUGUCGACAUGACCUGUUGCACGUGUUCCAUCCUGCAUCUGUGUGUCAUUGCUCUGGACAGGUACUGGGCCAUCACAGACGCUAUUGAGUACGCCAGGAAAAGAACAGCAAGAAGGGCUGGGCUGAUGAUAGUCACCGUCUGGACUAUCUCCAUUUUCAUAUCCAUGCCCCCUUUGUUUUGGAGAAGUCACCACAGCGUCAGCAUUCCCAGCGAGUGCCGCAUUCAGCACGAUCACGUCAUCUACACUAUUUACUCCACUUUUGGGGCAUUUUACAUCCCCUUGACUUUGAUCCUGAUCCUGUACUACAGAAUUUACCAUGCUGCAAAGAGUCUUUACCAAAAGCGGGGGUCAAGCCGCCACCUCAGCAACAGGAGCACCGACAGCCAAAACUCUUUUGCCAGCUGCAAGCUCACACAGACUUUCUGUGUCUCAGACUUCUCCACAUCUGACCCAACCACGGAGUUUGAUAAAAUCAAUGCAGCCGUGAGGAUCCCUCCUUUUGAGAAUGACCUGGACCUGGCUGGCGACCGGCAGCAGAUCUCCACGACACGGGAACGAAAGGCUGCUCGCAUCCUGGGGCUGAUUUUAGGUGCUUUCAUUUUGUCAUGGUUGCCCUUUUUCAUCAAGGAGUUGCUUGUGGGCCUCCAUGUUUGCACUGUCUCCCCAGAAGUAGCAGACUUCUUGACCUGGCUUGGAUAUGUCAACUCCCUUAUCAACCCUUUGCUGUACACUAGCUUUAAUGAAGAUUUCAAGCUGGCCUUUAGAAAGCUCAUCAGGUGUCGAGAACAUGCUUGA